AUGUUGCAACCAUGCCUCUCGCUACUUGUUUUCUUCGCAUUCGCUCGCUUUGCCAUUGCUUCUGCCGAUGAGACCGUGACCCUCGAGGCCCGUGCCGGUCCUACCACCACCAUCACGUAUGCCUGGACCGGUUGCACGACCACUACCCAGAUCCGCGGCUCAAGGCCAACUACUCUCGCUGUAUACACUCCCAGAACCCAGUGUGUUCCCGUCACUUCCACCAUUACUCAGAAAUGGACUGGCUGCACCACCACCACCGUGACCCGUCCCAUCAACACCUGGACGACGACCGAGGUUGUCUAUGUCCCCAGGACCACCUGCACUCCCACCACCACAACCGUCAAGCAGGCGUGGACUAGCUGCACCUCGUCGACUUCUACCCGAACUGCCAAUGCUUGGACCACAACCGAGAUUGUCUACACGCCAAGGACUGUGUGUCCAACGCCGACCACCACCACAGUUCGCUCCGCCUGGACCAGCUGUACCAGCAGCACCACACUCCGUAGUGCCAACACCAUCACUACCACGCAGGUGAUAUACACCCCCAGGACCGUCUGCCCGACCACGACUACGACCGUCACUGUCCCCUACGCCUCCUGUACGACAUCGACGUCCACCACCACCGUCCCCAAUGGCCCCAAGACCGUCUACCUCUACUCGCCCAGGACGGUCUGUCCCGCCACCACCACGACCAAGCCGUCCACCACCUCGAGCGUGGCGGCCACCACCAGCGCACCAGCGAGCACGGCCAGCAACCCCAGCACCACCUCCGCUGCCCAGUCUACUUCGUCGAGCGCUGUUCAGUCUAGCUCCUCGUCCAGCGCUGCUCAGUCAACUUCUUCCACUGCGGCUCAGUCGACAUCAUCUACUGCUGCCCAAUCGACCUCCUCUACCGCAGCUCAGUCAACUUCUUCUACUGCUGUCCAGUCAACAUCAUCGACUGCUGCUCAGUCGACCUCUACAGUUGCUCAAUCCACUUCGUCCACUGCUGCUCAGUCUACGUCUUCUGCUGCCCAGUCAACUUCUUCCACUGCCGCUGCAUCUACGUCGCCUUCUUCUAGCGCCGCCGCCUCGAGCACCGCUGCUUCUGAGAACCUAGCUACUACCACACCUGCUGCCUCUACCACAGCUUCUAGUACUGCUUCAAGCAGCGACGUCUCCAGUACUUCUGCUUCCAGCACUGAUGUAUCCAGCACGGCCUCAAGCACCGAUGUUUCUAGCACACCUUCAACUACCGCUGUUUCAAGUACUCCCUCAAGCACCGAAAUCUCUAGCACGUCUGCUUCCAGUACACCUUCAAGCAGCGACGUCUCAAGCACUUCUGUCUCAAGUACCGCUUCCAGCACCGACGUUUCUAGCACCCCUGCCUCUAGUAGUGUUUCCAGUACUGCUUCAAGCACCGAUGUCUCUACUACACCUUCGAGCACCGAUGUUUCUAGCACUGCCUCAACCAGUUCUGCCUUGAGUACCAGUGUCUCUAGUACUGCUUUAAGCACCACUUCCUCCGAGAAUCUAGCUGCUUCUAGCACCCCAGCUUCUACCCCGGAUCUUUCAAGCACAGCUUCAAGCGCGGCUGUUUCUAGCACUCCGUCUUCUACAUCGGACGUCUCAAGCACUAAUGCCCCCAGUACCCCUGGUUCUACUUCAGAUGGCUUAAGCACUUCUACUCCGGGCACGGAUAUUACUAGCACGCCUUCUAGCACUGAUAUCUCUAGUACCACAUUAAGCACUACUUCUUCAGAGAACCUAGCUGCUUCCAGCACUCCAGCUUCUACUCCAGAUAUUUCAAGCACAGCUUUAAACACCGAUGCCUCCAGCACGCCUGUUUCUACUACAGAUGUCUCUAGCAGCACUCCGGCUUCGACUACGGAUGUCUCUAGCACUCCAGCCUCUACUUCAGACGUCUCAAGCACCUCUACUCCUGGCACCGAUGUCUCUAGCACUCCAGCUUCUACUUCAGAUAUCUCGAGCACUCCCGCCUCUAUAGAUAUCUCGAGCACUCCUGCUUCUACUACAGAUGUCUUAAGCACUUCUGCUUCCAGCUCUGAUGUCUCCAGCACUCCCGCAUCUUCAGCUGCCUCUAGCACUCCUGCUGCUAUAGACAACUCUAGUACUCCCGCCUCUACAGAUGUCUCUAGUACCCCUGCGUCUAGCGCUCCUGCUUCUACUUCAGACAUCUCAAGCACUCCUGUUUCGAUAGAUGCCUCGAGCACCCCGGUUUCUACUACAGGCGUCUCUAGUACUCCUGCUUCUACUUCAGAUAACUCAAGUACUCCCGCAUCUUCAGCUGCCUCUAGUACUCCUGCCUCUACUUCAGACAACUCAAGCACUCCUGUUUCGUCGGAUGCCUCUAGCACCCCGGGUUCUACAACAGAUGCCUCUAGCACUCCUGUUUCUACAGAAGUCUCUAGCACCCCGGUCUCUACUACAGAUGCCUCGAGCACUCCUGCUUCUAGUACCGGCAUUUUCAGCACUCCCGCUUCCGAGACACCCGUCACGUCUAUCUCGACUGAUAGUGCAGUUGCCACGCCCUCAGUCACUCCUCUGUCUACUACCGAGGACUACUGCGAGCCCACUUCUACUCCCAGCUCUACCUCCUCCUCUUCGAUAACUCCUGGCGCAGAUGGAACCACCACAUUCACCUAUACAUGGGGUGGUUGCACUGCCGCCUCUGCGGUGAAGAGUUCGACUGUAUUCCUCUACACACCAAGGUCGGCUUGUGCCGAUACCACAACUCCAUCGACAGCCGCAGCUACUGGCUCUAGCUCAGAAACAGUUUCAUUCGCUGCCUUGGCUGUGGGCACGACCUCUAGCUCGGCUUCCGAAACUGUCGCCAGCACAAUCUCAAGCUCGGAGACGGUCGCUAGCACUACCUCACCCAGCUCGCCCUCUGAGCCUGUUGCUAGCACUACCUUGCCUAGUUCGUCCUCUCAGCCUGCUGCCACCACCACCUCGCCUAGCUCGUCCUCUGAGCCUGCUGCCGCCACCACCUCGUCCAGUUCUUCUUCAAGCUCCAGUGCUGCUAGCACCACUUCAUCCAGCUCGUCGUCCAGCUCUUCUUUCUCAAGCUCCACUCUUGUUGCUAGCACAACCCCUCUUAGCUCUUCCUUGAGCUCUACUGCUGCCAGCACCAGCUCCUCAACUUCUGCUAUUCUCAGUACUACCUCAACUAGCUCCUCUGCCAGCUCCACUACAGCCGCUCUCACGACAUCUAGUGGGGCGUCGACUACUGCUGCUCCCAGCACGACCUCUAGCUCGUCAUCUACCAGCACUCAGUCAUACCUGCCAUUAACCACAGGAUCAUACUGCUCUACUAUCAGGACUGGCUGCAAGGCGCUUGGUUGGGACAUGGACAUCUAUGCCAACACCUUCUACACCGGUUAUGGCUACACCGGUACUGGUGCUAAGUCUGACUACUACUAUAUUUCCGAGAAGCUCACUCCCCAGGGCUCAACUUACACAAAUACCACCAACUUUGCGAGCACCGCGUCUGGCGCAUACACUACAAUCAGUGGCCAGAGAUACUACACGAGCUGGAGCGCCAGCAUUGGCGGUAUAAACGUCAACCUCAACAAUUUCACCGCUGUUUGGAGCGGCCUCUAUAAGGCUACCACGACUGGUAACGUCGCGGUUGCAAUUACCGCCGUGGAUGACACCGCUUCCGUUUACUGGGGCCAUGCCUACGCCUAUGACUGCAAGACGGGUCUUCCAACCGCUUCCACGGCGGGCAGGAUGUUGGCCGCUGCUGGUAGUUUCACCAAGGCGGUGGUUGCAGGUCAAUAUUACCCAAUCCGUGUUGUAUUUGGAAAGGCUUCGGGCACUACCGCGAAACUCACCCUCACCGUGGCUGGGCAAGCUACUUCAAGCACCAAUCCCAUCUACCCCCCUGAAUGCGCUAUGCCGGCAUGA